AUGGCUCCCAAGUUCAUGCUAGUGUUGCUCAUUUUUGUGGUGUUAUACACCACCGUGGCUGGUCAAUUGCCACCGAAGAGACUGCCCCCAAGGAGAGGGCCCCCGAGGAGGCCUCCACCCCCGGAGGAGACUUCCCUCGAAGAGGAGCUCGAUCACCAUCCUCCCAAGGGCUAUAAACCGCCACCAAAGCACAAGCCACCCACAAUGGAGGAGGCCACUGAACUCGAUGGUCAUCACCCUCCCAAGGGCUACAAACCACCACCCAAGCACAAGCCACCGACCACGGAGGAGGAGGCCACUAAACUCGAUGGUCAUCACCCUCCCAAGGGCUACAAACCACCACCCAAGCACAAGCCACCGACCGCGGAGGAGGAGGCCACUGAACUCGAUGGCCAUCACCCUCCCAAGGGCUACAAACCACCACCCAAGCACAAGCCACCGACCGCAGAGGAGGAGGCCAUUGAACUCGAUGGCCAUCACCCUCCCAAGGGCUACAAACCACCACCCAAGCACAAGCCACCGACCGCGGAGGAGGAGGCCACUGAACUCGAUGGCCAUCACCCUCCCAAGGGCUACAAACCACCACCCAAGCACAAGCCACCGACCGCGGAGGAGGAGGCCACUGAACUCGAUGGCCAUCACCCUCCCAAGGGCUACAAACCACCACCCAAGCACAAGCCACCGACCGCGGAGGAGGAGGCCACUGAACUCGAUGGCCAUCACCCUCCCAAGGGCUACAAACCACCACCCAAGCACAAGCCACCGACCGCGGAGGAGGAGGCCACUGAACUCGAUGGCCAUCACCCUCCCAAGGGCUACAAACCACCACCCAAGCACAAGCCACCGACCGCGGAGGAGGAGGCCACUGAACUCGAUGGCCAUCACCCUCCCAAGGGCUACAAACCACCACCCAAGCACAAGCCACCGACCGCGGAGGAGGAGGCCACUGAACUCGAUGGCCAUCACCCUCCCAAGGGCUACAAACCACCACCCAAGCACAAGCCACCGACCGCGGAGGAGGAGGCCACUGAACUCGAUGGCCAUCACCCUCCCAAGGGCUACAAACCACCACCCAAGCACAAGCCACCGACCGCGGAGGAGGAGGUCACUGCACUCAAUGGCCAUCACCCUCCCAAGGGCUACAAACCACCACCCAAGCACAAGCCACCGACUUCCAACUAA